GCAGCUGGAAACAAGAAAGGUGAUUUUCUUAAGAAGUGAGCGAAGGAGGUGAGGAGGGAGGGACGCCAUUUAGCAGCACCUGCUCUGAGGCAGGGGAGAGGGCAAAACAGGACACAAGGUGCACAAAAGGGUGGUGCUGUUGCCAUGGCGAGGUCUGGGCGUCCCGCUUCUGAGAGCUACCAGCCAGUUUGUUAUGCAGGCAGUCAGUCCGUCUCUUUCGCGAGUGAUGCUGGGACUGUGGGACUAGAAGACGAGGAUGAUCAAGCGCCCAUUUUCUCCCUCUCUAAGAGCUCUAUGGAUGUGGUCAUGGCGACAGGGCCGCCGCACAAGCGGGACCCAGUCUGGACCAGAACGGACCUGAGACGCAGCUCCAGCACCAACACACACUCGGAGCAGAGCUCAGUGACACCGAAGCAGCUGUACCCUCCCGUGUGGCAGCGCUUCGGUGCUACCAACAGCCACCAGUUGUCACUCACACCCCAAAAUGUGGAUGUGCACAACCCCCCUGCUCUCAGCGAGCGAUGGAUUGCCAGCAUGCAGCGCUGGAGUCAGUGUAGUGGCAGCACACAUAGCCGCAGCAGCACUCCUGAGACAAUUGUAUGUAAAGAGGGGACAUCAAGGCCCCCGAGUCUAACUCAGGAAACCCCUUUUCCUGCUGUGCCAGACUCUCCAAUGUCCAAACCAGCCUCUUCACCAACUACACCUUCGCCCUUCAUCUCCCCCCUGCAAACACCAACUUUACCACCUGAAGAGCUUUUAACUUCUUCUUCUUCUUCUUCACAAUUCAGGCUGAGCAUGCAUCAGGAGAAAGAUCUACCUGUGUCCCCACCCACAGCCUCUCCACUGCUGUCACCCCUGCAGGUUCACGCCUCCUCUCCCUCCCCGUCUGACUCCCACAAACUCCUUCAGCUCACCAGCACAGAAGAUGAGGGCUUCCUCGAAAAUAACUUGCUUUCCUUUACAUUCCCCUCACCGCUCCCAUCGUCUGUUAGCUUAGCUGAAGGAGGUGCACCAUCAGAUCCUGGAUGGCUGGCUGAUGAUGUGAUAGAGGAGCUGCGCAGUCCAGGAGGCACACAGUUAUUGGAGUGUGGAGGAGAGAAAAGCCCAGUGCAAAUUUUAAGCUACGUGACACCCAAUUCUCCAGCCAAGGAGCAAGAAUCAGCAGUUUGCUAUCUUGAGCUGCCAUGUCAACCAGAACAAAGCUGUCCCACAGGCCGAGUUUGGAGGUCACCCCUGAUAUAUUCUGUGAGCGACUCGCAAUUGGGGGAUGGCUGCAGGUGCAACCUGAACACCAGACAUGGCAUUACAAAACCUUCAAAGGUUGAGAUGUUCAGGGAGGAAGGUACAAUGACUUCAUGUCUGGAACUGGUAGACGCAGCAGUGCAGACAGUCUCUCCUAUCAACUCCUUGUGGGGCCUCACAAGGAACAUGUCCACCUCCAACAUGGGCUCCCACUCCAUUUUGGGCUCGCCACCGGGAUCUAGACUGAACUUGAAGUCCUCAGUGGGGUCGAACUCCAAUCUGGUGUCCCCAUCCUCCAGCAUGUUCCCAGUGAGUAGCGGAGAGGAUGAAGAGAGACGAGGAGAUGACCAGACGUGCCACUCAGCCUCCUCACACGAUCUGGACAGGAGAAGGUCGUGUCUGAAGAUCCAGGGGGAGGACAGGGACGAAAUGGGGAGGAGAAGCAGCAUGAAGCAGGUGCAGUGGGACGAGGAUGGGAUGACGUGGGAUGUUCACGGAGCAUCUCUCGACCCGGAGGUUCUGAGCACAGCCAUAAAGAAACAUCUGGAGGUCCAGGGGAGCCCCCGACCGGCGAGACGUACCUCCGGGAAGAAGAAAGCACCAAAGCCGCCUCUCAUAUCGAACGUGGUAAAGGCCAUGGCUCCAGAACUUAAUCCACAAGUCAAGAUUAUUACUUCGACCCAUAAGGUGGAGGGUGAGAGUGAGGAGACACCAGAAGCAGAGGAGGGAGAAGGAGGUGGCAAAAAGGAGGAAACAAUAGAAAUUUCUCGCAGAACAAGCAGAGCAGAGGGAGAUAAUGCAAAAGAAGAGGACGAGGCAUACGGAGAAGAAGGCACCAGCAAUCCUAAGUCACCCUCAGGGAGUUCACAAAGCCGCAAGAAGAGUGUGAUCAGAUCACUGAGGAGGACUGGCUGGUGUGGAGGCUCCAGGAAGGUAGCUGACUGAUCCUGAUCCUCGAGACUAAUCUAAUGUAUUGAUUAUUGAGUAUUGAGUACUCAUGGCUGAGUAAGUCCACAGUUUGCACAAGAGCACCACUAAUAAACUCUGAAUGAGACUUAAAGACAUUGGGAGCAGUUCUCAGUCUGAUGUGGUUUUAUCCUGCUGUUGUCUGGACUUUAUUUUUGUCUUUUAGUAGAACGUGGAAAUGCAAUGAUAUUAACUGUGUUCCUCUGCUCAUAUGGAUCUACUGUUUAGCAAGGGCAUAGUUUCCGCUGGGAAUUGGGGGGGUAUGUCCAUCUCACUGUGAUAGUUUCAGGUUGAUUUUGUCUUGAAAAUCUCUCCGAAUUUCGUCUUCUUAUUGUCGAGCCACCACAAUGCAGAGGCAAACGAGAGAGUCGAGCUGAUUCAAAAUGUUGAUAUUUUCAUCUGA